CCGAAAGGGACUCAUCCUUAUUUCCAAAAUUUGUGUAUGCAUGAUCAAGUGGAUUUCCUUGUGGAAUCUUUCCACAGUUCAAAUUAUUAAUGCAUUUCCUAACUUGUACUACGUAGAGUGCUAGUUGAGAAGGGAAUGCUUGUGUAUGUUUUCUUUUGAAGGAUGAAUUUGAUUAUAUAUAAUAAUAAUUAAAAAAAGCCCAAAGGGCGAAAUGAGAAAACAGACAACAAAACAGGCCAACAGAAAAGAAAAACUAAAAAUACUUCACCUCAACCCCCAGCUUAGUCACCCCACUCCCUAAUCAUGAAGAACAAUCUGUUAACUAUAAAAACCUAGCAAUGACUAUUAUCCCUGAAACAUCUUUCGUUCCUUUCCCACCAUAUGCCCCUCAAAGCUGCCGGCAAUGCUAUAAGCCAUUUCCAUUUGUCAGAUGAAGAGGGGAAGCCACCAUGCCAGGCCAUAAAGAGCCGACUCAAAGAGAAAUGCUGAUAGGAUGCUUUCCCAAACCCCUGCCACAAAGGUAUGUAGUUGUAAGCAUACUAGCUACUGACAAAUCUCAUUCUCCAAAAUUUCUUAAAUUUACCAAUUUCUCAUGAGAUUUUUAGGUUUCACUUAAGGGCCUGUUUUCAUCAUGCAAGUUGGCAUGAUGGCAUUGGAAUCUUUUGAUGUAUAGCUGUUAUAUUUGAGCAUUUAAACAAUUUGAACUUGGAUGCGGAUGGAUCUAUGUCAACCUCUGCAGGUAGAAACUUUAUUUCUGAAAAUGCAUAUGAAGAUGUCAUUAGUCAAAUGAAGGAUUUAUCUGUUGAAGCUGGUGGGAAGGGCACUUCCAAGAAAGAACUCGAUAGUCAACACAGCCUUUUCUAUGAUAUCAUGGAAUGCAUUGAGUGGAUGAAACUGUUGGUCCUGAAGGUACUGAAAAGGCAGCUGUUCUUGUUGAAUAUGUCUCACCUUCUUCCAAUACUCAGCCUACAACUACACAAGAUAGUGCCUUUGUUCCUACUUCACUUCACAUGUUUUGUAGCAUUCUACAAGAAAAGAGAUUCAUACUUCUAUACCGCAUGGGCAUUUUUACUCCAUUUGUACUCAUAAUUGUUCUAAGAGCACUCCUCCACAAGAACAUUU